CUUACCACAGCCUGCAAGACAUGGAAUCGGUGACGUUAGCAUUCCCAAUCGGGCGCCAAGACUUCUCGCAUCCCCAAACAUAUCGCGUUGAAUAAGCUGGCCCACACACAUCCACUGGUUCCUUCACCACGAAUUACCAGCGAGUCCACUCCUUCAAUUGAGGUCUGGCGUUGAAGUCGCCGCCAGAAGGGCGCUCGGGUAUGGUUUCAGGAUGACGGGUUCUCUCCUUCUUCCGGCUCUGCGCCUGGCACAAGCUUUCCCGGUCCUUUUCGUUCCCCUGCCGAAAGGCCGUCAGAGUCGUUUUGCGAAAGCUGAACUCCCACCCGGCCCGUCAGGCUCGGUACAUAUGAGUCUCGUCCAUGGCCGCCACGGGCACCUUGCUCUUUGCCCUCAUGCCGGCGAUUUCAGGGAGACGUCCGAUCGCGAGGCGCGGCCGCCGACGCCACGCUCGACGAAGUACCCAGUGGCGAUUGCUUCUGCCAACAUGCGUUGCAGACAUCGAUGAGUAGCGCAGGUCUGCUGUCUCAUCUCAGCUCCCCCACGGACCCGGACUGUGCGGAGCUGUCGCGCGCCGUACGGUCAGAGAAAUGACGCCAUGUUGUCUGUCUGAAAGGUCGGUCGCGAUCACGGUCCGGAAGGCUCCUGUUCAGCCAGUCUCAAAGAGUCUUUCAGUAAAUCCAUCUCGUGGGAGAGCGGACAGGAUUGAUAAAGUGCCGGAAAACCAUUACAAACGCGAACUCGGCACCUCCGGUCGUCUAGGCAGACUCCGGACGGGUACUUACAUCCGAAGGAAU